UGAAGUGUGGGGCACCCAAACUAUCUUGGCCCCGCACUAGUAAGUUAAGCCUUUCUCCCCUCCCCCCAACCUCCCUACCUCGACGGCGGAAGGUGAAACCAUGGCGGCGGCGAAUGGUACGGCGGAAUUUGCAGGCCUACGCCACAACGGGAUCAAAUUUCUGCUAGAUCCAGUAGACAGAUUGCCGCUGAGAGAGGUCACAGCCGGCGAUGGGCACCCAGAUCCAUUAGUUUUGAUGGCUGUUGGGCCGACGGCACCGGCAAGAGCCGACUCGUCGUGCGCGGUUACGGUGGGAGAACUCGGCGGCACUGCUGGGCAGAGCAAUUCCGCCCAGAAAAGGAAGCAGUCUCCAACUCAGUCCGUCGAGUCCACCGGGAUGGUCAACCUAGAUGCACCAGACUGGACCAGAAGAUUCCAGUACAGAGAGUUCAGUGCAGAUGUUGAGCAGCCAGAUCCAUUGGUUUCGAUGGUUGUUGGGCCAUCGGCAUUGACAUGCGCCGAGUCAUCGUGCACGAUUGUGCUUGGACAACUCGGCGGCACUGCUGAACAGAGCAAUUCUGCCGGCAAGAGGAAGGAAUCUUUCAUUUCAUAUACAUGACACAGAGAAAAAAAUCAUUUUGCAGGGGAAACCUGAACAGCAGAAUAGCCGGUCUUGUCGGUGUGAGUAUCCUGCAAUUAUCAAAUUGCUUAGAUCUGCGGACAAUGGAUGGUACAUUGCUGAGCACCGCUCCAGCCACAACCAUGCAUGUCUCUAACCUGUGGUGAAAAAGUUCAUUUGCCAUCGCACAAGCACCUAGAUGUGUACACGAAGGAUUUGGUGAAGCAGCUAAGGGUGAACAAUGUGAACCUAAACAAGGUGGCACACGCGGCAAGAGGAAGGAGUCUCCGACACAGCCCGUGGAAUCCACCGGGAAAUGAACCCAGAGGCUCCUAGCUGGACUAGGAGGUGAGAUUGACUCUGCAAUUUACUUGCCUAUGUCAUUUUACGUGAUGUCUGAAUUUGUGCUCACUAGGGUCAAUUGGUAGCCCCUUAGAACCCCGUGUCUCGGCAAAAAAUUAAUUAUGUCACUUAUAGCUAAUUCCUAGUGAGGUUUUAAAUGCUAAACCGUGUGACACAGGUAUCUUGGUCUAUUUCGUUGGUAAAAAAUUAUUAGACAAAAUCAUGGAAUUGGGUGCCCUGUUUGUCUCACAAAGCAUGGUCUGUUCUGUGGUGGGUUGUGUCACUGAUCAGUAAAAUGGGGUUUUACCAUGAUAAACAAAAGGUGUUGCUAUAAAUUAAGAUAUCGUGUGCAAAACUUGGGAUAUUUUUCUCUUGCAGGUUGAGAGUUGGCUGUGCACCUGCUGACAGAAAACCAUGCCCUGGGGGAGUUACUCCAUUGGAAGAAACAAUCAGGAACGCUGAUAAAUCAUCAGACAGUGUGGUCACGCCAGAAAUUGGAAUGAGUUUUGACUCUCAGGAAAGUGUAUGAUUUCUGCAACCUUUAAUUAUUUGUGGGAGCUCAAAUUUGGUAACUGGGAUGCACUUGCUGGACUGUCUACUCCGGUGCCGGGCGAUCAUGCUUCAGCGGGAAGAAGGCACUGUAUGAAUGACUGAGUAAAAGGACAAAGUUCUAAAGCAUUUGAAAAUUGCCAGGACAUGGGAAGACUACCUGCCCUGAUAGGUAUGCCAAAACAGCCUCGCAAACCUGCAACCUGCAAGAAUUGUGGCAUCGCCGUACACCGUCGCACUUCGUGCACCAGGCUGCUGGGUGCUGCUGCUUCUUAAUUACUUUGAGAAACAUGUAUGACAACUCUGAAUUUUAAGUUUCGAGGAUUUUCUAGUGUGCGAUUUCUGCAUGGACCCCCACGCUUGUUCCUCCCAGAGUGUAAACUAGCUGUAUUUGUAACUAUGCUGAAAUGUGUGGAUUUAUAAUAUUUGGUUUAUGUA